AUGGCAGUCAAGACUGAUAUGUCCAAAGCCUAUGAUCGAAUAGAAUGGAGUUUUGUACAACAAGUUCUACAGAGACUCGGCUUCAAUGCAAAGUGGAUCAACUGGUUAAUGCAGUGUAUUACUACGGUCUCCUACUCCUAUCUAGUGAAUGACUCUGUCUAUGGAGAGGUGAAACCUUACCGGGGCAUUAGACAGGGGGAUCCCUUGUCUCCCUACGUGUUUAUCCUCUGCAGCGAAGUCUUGUCAGGUCUUUGCAAGAGUGCAGAGAAGAAGGGAUUACUCCAAGGAGUCAGAGUAGCAAGGGGAAGUCCGAGAGUUAGUCAUCUGCUUUUUGCAGAUGACACGAUGUUCUUCGGUCUAGCUUCGGCCACCAACUGUGAGAUUCUGAUGAAGAUCCUAAAAGACUAUGAACGAGCCUCAGGCCAGAUGAUUAACAAGUCGAAGUCCUCUGUUACUUUCUCAAGUAAGUCUCCCCCUGAAGUCAGAGAACAAGCGAAGUCAAUAUUGGAAAUUACAAAGGAAGGUGGCUUGGGUAAGUACCUAGGUUUGCCUGAACAUUUUGGCAGACGGAAGAAAGAUUUGUUUACUUCUAUUGUUGACCGAAUCCGUCAAAAGGCUAUCAGUUGGUCCUCAAGUAAGCUUUCUCGGGCUGGGAAGCUCACUAUGCUCAAGGCAGUCCUCAGUGCCAUUCCAACCUACACAAUGUCAUGUUUUAUGCUCCCAGUCAGUUUAUGUAAAAGAAUCCAAUCAGUGCUUAUGAGGUUCUGGUGGGAUGGAGCAGACGAAAAGAAAAAGAUUUGUUGGGUAGCUUGGGAUCGUCUAACAAAACCUAAAGAGAUGGGGGGACUAGGCCUAAGGGAUAUCCAAACAUUUAAUCAAACUCUCCUAGCAAAAUUGGCAUGGCGGCUUGUUACAGCCCCUGAGAGUCUGCUAGCACGGGUGCUUUUGGGAAAAUACUGUCAUGGUAAGCACUUUCUAGAUGUGGAUUCUCCUAAGGUGUGUUCCCAUGGAUGGAGAGGAAUCCUAUUUGGAAGAGACCUUCUAACGAAGAACCUAGGGAAAGCAGUGGGUAAUGGGCAAACAAUACGACUCUGGAAAGACUCGUGGAUUUCACUUGAUAAGAUGGUGAAGCCUAUGGGACCUAUCAAGGAGUCUGAUCUAGACCUCACUGUCUCAGAUUUACUAACAGAUGAUCUAAGUUGGAACAGCAGAAGAAUAAAAGAGGUUUUACCUGAGUUUUUGGAACAGAUCAUUUGCCUGCAACCAAGCCGGAAAGGAGCUGAGGACUCUUACAUAUGGCAUGCGACAUCCUCUGGAGUUUACUCUACAAAAUCAGGGUAUUUUGCUGCUUCCACUCCCUGGUCAGAGAAAUCAGAGUCAAGUCAAGCUGAGGAGUUUCAUUGGAUCAAAGAUAUUUGGGCAGAGGAGUUCUCACCAAAGAUGAAAGCCUUCCUCUGGGCAGUAGUGCAAAAGGCAAUCCCUAUCGGAGAAAACCUAUAUCAACGAGGUGUAAGAUCGGCUGCUCAGUGCCUUAGGUGUAAUGAACAUGAAACAAGCACACACUUGUUCUUUACCUGCCCCUUUGCGAAGAGAGUUUGGCGGUGUGUACCUCUACAUUCAGCAGUUCACAUAGCUGCGGAGUCAACCUUCAAAGAAGCUAUUGUCAAGUUCCGUAAAGCUGAUAAACGAAGCAAUCCUGAAGACAUAGCUUUGAAAGGGUUAAGACAUGCAAAGGAUUGGAUGGAAGCGCAAGGAAAAACAUCAGAGUCGAAGAUACCUCCCAAACCGAAGGAAAGCAAGGAUCGACCUCCAGAUUCUUCAGAGAAUCCUCCACCGAUCGUGUGUGCUACAGACGCGGCAUGGAAUGCAAGCAGAAAGACGGCGGGGCUGGGGUGGACCUUCUCCGGACCGUCCUUAACAGCUACAACGCAAGGGUCGAGAAUCCAAGCCUCAGUCAACUCUCCGCUGAUCGCAGAAGCCCUGGCAGUACGAACGGCCCUCUAUAUGGCGCUGACUUUGGAUUUCACGAAUCUAAAAGUCUGCUCCGACAAUUCAACGCUCAUUCGAGCCAUAACCAGCAAAUCUCAGUCAAAAGAAAUCAUUGGAAUCGUGAGUGAUAUCCAAGUGAUCUCCUCUGAGUUCGCAAGCAUCUCAUUCUCGUUUAUCCCUCGAUCGAAAAAUUCUGUUGCCGAUGGGGUCGCAAAAGCGGUGCUCCUUUCUUCUUUUAAUUUGUAA